AUGCCAUGGGUUCUUCAAGAAGAGGAUAUUCCCUACGAGCAGCUGCUUUCUCAGGAUCCCUAUAAUGAGUCAAAUUGGCUCGAAUACGCAGAAAACACUCUAGACAAACACCACAGAGCUGGGAUACUCAAUAGAGCUACAGCCACCCUUCCAGCAUCCACACUUCUAUGGAACGCAUACUUUGAGACGGCUUUUCACGAUAAGACUGCUUUGAAGGGAGCCUACGAGAAGGCUCUUCGGGUUCUUAAUACCAGUCCAAGUAUAUGGAAUAAGUACUUGAGACUACUCAUUGACGAGAAGAAAGAGCAUAUAAAGCAGGUGUUUGAUUCUGCAUUGUUUAACCUACCGACGUUUUACCAUGGCGAAGUAUGGAAAUUGUAUUUGGCAUAUGCGGGAAGCACAUCAGGUGAAUCUGAAGAGACCAUUGCACAGAUAUACAUACAAGCGAUCAAGGCCAAGGCAUUGGAUAUUCAGAUUCCAGUCAAUGCAUUCACAGUUAUUGAUGCUGUGCUACGAAGUGGAAAUGCUUCGCUUAUACGUGAAUUGUGGGGGUUUAUCUGGCAGAGACAACUCGGUUCAGAUGCACCUAAGCAAUUGGCAGAUUACCUUCUUCACAGUAAACUGUUCUUGCUGGUUGACGAAGACCUUUUUAACGAACUUUGCGAUGAUUUUGCUCUACGGCUGCCUACGUUGAAAAGCUUAGUGCUUGUUCGUAAGGCGAGGUACUACGAAGACAGAGAUGUUACGAAAGCCAGGUACUUCUACAGCUUGGCGCUUUCUCUGGUUACAACCGCCAGCGACGUUUCCAAAGCAUUUAACGAGUUCGUGGACUUUGAAGACUCGCUUUUGGAUAGCUUGGACGAGGACGAGCUCGAAACUCGCCUUAAUAUUCUUGAAACUUUUAUAAACAGAAGACCAUUCCUUAUAAACGACGUCAAGCUUCGAGCAAGCCCAAAUAACGUGGACGUCUGGCUUGAAAGAGCCGCUAUCUUUGGCAACGAUAAUGCUGGAAAAAUCAAAACCUUAGUGGAUGCCCUUAUGAACGUUAAUCCUUUGGAAGCAACAGGCCAGAAGAGUCUCGUUGACGUUUGGGACGAAUACGCUAAAGUCUACCUGGACCUGGGAGAUAUAAAAACAGCUGUUUUGAUCUACUCAAAGGCUGCAAACUCCCAAUUUAAGCAUCCUCUGGACCUUGCAUCCAUUCAUGUUUCAUGGACCGAAUCUCUCCUUCAAAUGUCUGACGAAUCAGCAUUGGAACACAUUGAAGAUGUACUCUUCAACCAUGUUCCGCUGAACCAUAAGAAAAUUAAGCUUUCUCAAGCAUCCGUUCCCGUCCAGGCACGAGUCUUUAAAUGUACUGAGUUGUGGAAGUUCUACAUUGAUCUACUCAAAGCUCUUCUUGACGAUAAAAACCCAGAGUUUGUCUGGAACAAGCUCCACGCUGCGUAUCAGCAGAUGCUUGAUCUUGAAGUAAUCACUUUGGGGCUUAUUUUUGACUACGCUAGCUUUUUGAAAGAGCAAAAGUCUCAAGAUCGUGCUAUGGCGCUUUACGAAGAAGCACUUCGACACUUCCAGGCUCCAGCUGCUCAGUUUGAACUAUGGGAGGUUUACUUGAAGGAUAUUCUCAAGGGAUCGGCAAAUCUUGAACGAAUCAGACACCUUUUUGAGCAGUGUCUUUCGGGUAUUCCGCUCCCUGGACAUCUUGUUAAGAGCAUCUUUGACAUGUAUAUCGCUUUCGAGGAGAAGAAUGGACAAGUGAUGAAGUCCAGCAAACUCCUUGAAAGAGCAAUUGCAUACCUUACAGCCGCUUACGAUGAGCCAGUGGUGAAGUAUACCAAACAAGAACUCAACAAGAUCGUUGAUGAUAAGUUCGACUACCAGCUCCAGCUUUUGACCAGAAUUGAAAAGCUCAAAGACCCACAACUCACAAGAACCACUCUUCAAGCUGCCGCCGAAGAUGUUCAAUAUUCAAUGCCUCAACUUCUCGAACUUGGCCUUCGGUUUGUCAGGUUUGAAAUCUCUCGAAGAGAAAUCGUCAGAUCCAGGUCGCUUUUCAAGCACUUUGUACUGUUGGGAAACCCAGAAUCACAUCUAUUUGCAGAAAUGUGGUCUGCUUGGGAGAAGUUUGAGGUUCAAUACGGCGUUGAACAGCUGUUUAAAGAGAUGUUAAAGUAUAAGAGACAGCUUGCAAGAGAGUUUGUCGAAGUUGAACAAGCAAAACAGGAAGUCAACCCAUUGGGCUUCGUUAAAGGAGAAACUAAAGGAGGUGAGAUUAAGCCAAAAGCGGUGGAAAACCCAGACGCUAUUGACUUGGACAUGGAUAUGUAA